GCCCGAACAGGGACUUGAACCCUGGACCCUCAGAUUAAAAGUCUGAUGCUCUGCCGACUGAGCUAUCCGGGCGCUCUUGUAUACAAGCCUUUUUCUGCUGUAUACAUGUUCGCUUUGCUCUGUGGGGAUUUUGCAGUCUGAUGGCUUCACCCCUUCCUGCCAUCUACCAUCCGAGGAGGGACGCUUUUCUGCAUUUACUCCUUUGAUUUUAUCUGUCCCACAGAUGCACAAGCAUCUAUUCUGGACAAGAUCACACUGAGGAUUUUUGGAAGAACCAUCCACAGGAGGAAGAGGGGUGUGUGUGUGUGUGUGUGAAAGACCCACAGGGAGGAAGAGUAAGAGGGAGCACACAAAAUAACACACGUGCAGUAUUUUCACAGCCCAGGAAAUCGCAGUGCAAACAUCAGGUCACUGGUGGUGCAGUAUGUCUUUGUUCCUAACCCCUGAGCCCAGCAGGAAGUAGCAGCUGGUCCCUGGCACUUGUUCCCCUGAGAGAUGUCUGCGACCAGAGGCAAUGGAGAGCACUGGAAGUCUUUGGAGUCAGUGGGGAUCAGCCCGAAGGAGCUGGCUCUGGCUGAAGCCCUGCAGAUGGAGUAUGACGCUCUGUCCCGCCUGAGGCAGGACAAGGAGGAGAAUCAGGCCAAGCAAAACACUGACCGCUCCCUCAUUUCCUGGGAUGACCCGGCUCUGGAUUAUAACAAACCCGCUGUCAGGAAUGACUGCCACAGCAUCAAAUUAAUGCGAGGUCUCUCUGGCUCGGACCCCACCCUCAACUACAACUCCCUCUCAGUUCAAGGGAGCUCGAGAGCUCCUGGGACCAACAACACUACCUCAUCUGUCCCGCCACCUGAGCCGGAGAACCAGCCUUGGCUGAAGGGCCCUCUUGCCAGUGACUACUUGUACAUCUUUGAUGGCUCAGGGGAACACUUCCUCAGCGAGCCACUCAACGGGACCACGGGCCAAGAUGGAUCCCCCAAGAAGCUCUCCCCUCCCCCACUGCCCCCUCGCCUCUCCAUCUGGAGCUCCUCUGAGGUGAAUCACUCUUCCCACAAAAGCUCCUCACUGUCCUACAAAGGACCCCAGCCCAGAGACAUCAACAUGUUCUCCUCGGCCCACGAGCUGGCUGAUGGAAAGCUGCUGGCCCGCAGGAUUUCGGAGGAAGACCCCUACGGCGCCAUGGACUACGACGGCAUCAAUGACGCCAUCACCCGCCUCAACCUGAAAUCCACCUAUGACACCGAUCUUUUGAGAGAGGCCACCUGGGGCUGGAAGGAAGGCAGGAGCAUCUUUGAGAAGGAGACCACUGGAAAGCCAGUGGCUCGGAGCAAGACCAUGCCACCCCAAGUCCCUCCCAGGACCUACGUCUCUAAAUUCGGCAACCGGAAGAACGUGGCGCCCAACAAGAACCGCAGGAUCUCGGUGGAUCCGGUUGCCUCCCGACCACACUCCUUAGCUAAUGGCUAUGAGCUGUUUGAGGUCUCCGAGGAGAGGGAUGAAGAGGUGGCUGCUUUCUGCCACAUGCUAGAUGUCUUGAGAUCCGGCUACAGCACCAAGGACUAUUCCCUCACCGGCUUUGUCUGGAGCACGGUCAACCUCAGUUCUGAGCACCUGGGCCACGGCAUCAGCCUGAAGGUGACCGUGGUGUGCGACAGCGUGCAGGAACCGCUCACUUUCACCUGUGACUGCUCCUCCACGGUGGACCUGCUCAUCUACCAGACGCUGUGCUACACGUACGACGAGCUGCUCGGCAUUGAUGUGGACGACUUCGUGCUCAAGCUCUGCGGCCUGGAGGAGUUCUUGCAAAACAAACACGCCCUGGGCAGCCACGAAUACAUCCAGCACUGCAGGAAGUUUGACAUUGACAUCCGGCUGCAGCUGAUGAAGAGGAAGGCAGUGCGCAGUGACCUUGCCAGGACGGUGAACGAUGACCAGAGCCCUUCCACGCUCAACCACUACAUUCACCUGCAGGAGAGGCCAAUCAAGCAGACCAUCAGCAGGCAGGCCCUGAGUCUCCUCUUCGACACCUUCCACAAUGAGGUUGACACCUUCCUAGCAGCCGAGGGAGACUUCCAGCUGAAAGCCGACCGGGUGAUCCAGUCCGUCAUGGCCAUUUGCAAUGCCCUGGCUGCUGUGGAGUCUCAGGAAAUCACUGGAGCCCUGAACCAGCUGCCUGCCUGCCCUUCCCGCAUGCAGCCCAAAAUCCAGAAGGAUCCAAAUGUUCUGACCGUGAGGGAAAAUCGGGAGAAGGUCGUGGAGACCUUGACGGCUGCCAUCUUGGAUCUGGUGGAGCUUUACUGCAACACUUUCAAUGCAGACUUCCAGACAGCAGUGCAUGGAAACAGGAAGCACCACCUGAGCCAGGAGGCCUGUCUCCUCACCUGUCCCCUCUCCUUCACUGUCUACGCCACGCACCGCAUCCCUAUCACCUGGGCAGCAAGUUACGAAGACUUUUACCUCUCCUGCUCCCUCACCCAUGGCGGCAAGGAGCUCUGCAGCCCCCUGCAGACCAGAAAGGCUCAUGUGUACAAGUACCUCUUUCACCUCAUCAUCUGGGACCAGCAGAUCUGCUUUCCGAUCCAAGUGAACCGGCUACCGCGGGAGACGCUGCUGAGCGCCACGCUCUAUGCUGUGCCCAUCCCGCCUCCGGGGAGCUCCUCUGAGACCAACAAGCAGCGGCGGGUCCCUGAGGCUCUGGGCUGGGUCACCACCCCGCUCUUCAACUUCAGGCAGGUCUUGACGUGUGGGCGGAAGCUCCUGGGCUUGUGGCCAGCAACUCAGGACAACUCCAGUGCCAGGUCGAGUGCCCCCAACUUCAACCAGCCCGACAGCGUUAUCCUGCAGAUCGAUUUCCCAGCCUCUGCCUUCAACGUGAAGUUCACGAGCCCACCGGCUGCCGAGUUCAGCCCCCAGUACGAGUUCCGCAGCUUGGGCGAGGAGGACCAGCGCAAGCUGAAGGAGGUGAUGCAGAAGGAAUCGUUGUACUGGCUGACGGACGCCGACCGGAAGAGACUGUGGGAGAAGCGCUAUUUCUGCCACGAGCAGCCUGGAUCGCUGCCUCUGUUACUCACCAGUGCCCCCAGCUGGGAGUGGGCCUGCCUGCCUGACAUCUACGCCCUGCUGAAGCAAUGGACUUACAUGAACCACCAGGAUGCCCUCGGGCUCUUGCAUGCAACGUUCCCGGAUCAGGAGGUGAGGAGGACAGCUGUACACUGGAUCGACUCCAUGUCGGACGCAGAGCUGCUGGAUUACCUGCCGCAGCUGGUGCAGGCCCUGAAGUAUGAGUGCUACCUCGACAGCCCCCUGGUGCGGUUCCUUAUGAAGCGAGCCAUCUGUGACCUGAGAAUCACCCACUACUUCUUCUGGCUGCUGAAGGACGGACUCAAGGACUCCCAAUUCAGCAUCCGCUACCAGUACCUGCUGGCGGCCCUGCUCUGCUGCUGUGGCAAAGGCCUGCGAGAGGAGUUCGACCGGCAGUGCUGCCUGGUCAACACCCUGGCCAAGCUGGCCCAGCAGGUUCGGGAGGCCGCUCCCUCCUCGCGACAGGCCAUUCUCCGAGACGGGCUGGUCGACGUGAAACAGUUCUUCAGCGCCAAUGGCUCCUGCCGCCUGCCACUUAGCCCCAGCCUGCUGGUGAAGGGGAUCGUGCCCAGGGACUGCUCCUAUUUCAACUCCAACGCCGUGCCCCUGAAGCUCUCCUUCCAGAACGUGGAUGCCCUCGGGGAGAACAUCCGCGUGAUCUUUAAGUGUGGAGACGACCUCCGGCAGGACAUGCUGACGCUGCAGAUGAUCCGGAUUAUGAAUAAGAUCUGGGUGCAGGAGGGGCUGGACAUGCGCAUGGUCAUCUUCCGCUGCUUCUCCACUGGCCGGGGCCGGGGCAUGGUGGAGAUGAUCCCCAACGCAGAGACUCUGCGCAAGAUCCAGGUGGAGCAUGGGGUGACGGGCUCCUUCAAGGAUCGCCCCUUGGCAGACUGGCUGCAGAAGCACAACCCCACGGAGGAUGAGUACGAGAAGGCAGUGGAGAACUUCAUCUACUCAUGCGCCGGGUGCUGCGUGGCCACCUAUGUGCUGGGGAUCUGCGACCGGCACAACGACAACAUCAUGCUCAAAACCACCGGCCACAUGUUCCACAUCGACUUCGGCAGGUUCCUGGGCCAUGCCCAGAUGUUUGGCAACAUCAAAAGGGACCGGGCCCCGUUCGUCUUCACCUCGGACAUGGCCUAUGUCAUUAAUGGUGGUGACAAGCCCUCCAGCCGCUUCCAUGACUUUGUGGAUCUCUGCUGCCAGGCGUACAACCUGAUUCGCAAGCACACCCACCUCUUCCUCAACCUGCUAGGCCUGAUGCUGUCCUGUGGUAUCCCGGAGCUCUCUGACCUCGAGGACCUCAAGUAUGUCUACGACGCCCUGCGGCCGCAGGACUCCGAGGCUGAUGCCACCACCUAUUUCACCAGGUUGAUCGAGUCUAGCCUGGGCAGCGUGGCCACCAAGCUCAACUUCUUCAUCCACAACCUGGCGCAGAUGAAGUUCACAGGCUCGGACACCCGCCCUGUGCUUUCCUUCGCCCCCCGCAUGCACACGCUCAAGACAGCCGGCCGGAUCCGCGACGUCUUCCUUUGCCGCCAUGAGAAAGUCUUCAACCCCAGCAAAGGCUAUACGUAUGUCGUGCAGGUGCAGCGGGAGAGCCCCUGCGAGGUCACCUAUGUCCAGCGUACUUUUGAGGAGUUCCAGGAGCUGCAUAACAAGCUACGCCUCAUCUUCCCCUCCUCCCACCUGCCCAGUUUCCCCAGUAGGUUUGUGAUCGGCCGGUCACGAGGCGAGGCAAUGGCCGACAGGAGGAAAGAGGAGCUGAAUGGCUACAUCUGGCAUCUGAUCCACUCAGCCCCAGAGGUGGCUGAGUGUGAUCUUGUGUAUACGUUCUUCCACCCACUCCCGCGGGAUGAGAAGGCUGCAGGCACCAGUCCAGCUCCAAAGCCCGCAGAUGCCACGUGGUCUCGGCCCAUCGGGAAGGUGGGAGGGGAGGUGAAGCUCUCCAUCUCUUACAAGAACAACAAGCUCUUCAUCAUGGUGAUGCACAUCCGAGGCCUGCAGCCUCUCCAGGAUGGGAAUGACCCUGACCCUUACGUCAAGAUCUAUCUCUUGCCUGACCCCCAGAAAACCACCAAGAGAAAAACCAAAGUGGCUCGGAAAACCUGCAACCCCACCUACAAUGAAAUGCUCGUCUACGACGGGAUUCCCAGAGGAGACCUUCAGCAGCGGGAACUGCGCCUGAGCGUCCUGAGCGAGGAGAGCUUCUGGGAGAACAUCCUUCUCGGGGAGGUCUGCAUUAAGCUACGGGACCUGGACCUGACCCAAGAGAAGAUGGGCUGGUUUGAGCUGGGCUCCAGGAGCCAAGGGACCAUGUGAGGAGAGCAACAGCGGUGGCAGUGUCUUUGGAACCACGUCAGCCCUGCAGUGCUAGUGCUAGGCCGUGGGAAUGGGCGCGAGUCCCAGGAGUUGUAUCCUGGGUCCAGAUGGAUUUUGUUUUCUGCAAGCAGGAGCUAGAGACAAACCCUCUCUCUGUAGAUGAAGGUGUUCAUUUUUGGGGGUGGUUUUUUGUUACAUUUUCCCUGUAGAAACUGGGAACUCAACAUCGCAAUAGGAAAUCCUAUUGUGACUUGAAAAGGCUGCAGUCAAUUUUUUUUUUUUUUUUUUUUAAGUUUACCUUGUGUCAAGGGAGCAACAAUGAGGGAGGGGGGAAUAUCGGGGACACUUUUUUUUUUUUCCUUUGAGAUUUUUAUUUUUAAAAAAUAAUGAAAAGUAAUUUAUGUCCAGAUGGGACAUGAGGCUUUGAUGAGAAGAGACCUGUGGGUGUGGAGGGAGGAGAGAUACUUCAUCAGGAAGGUUCUUAUUGGACUGUCCCUAGGGAGUUUGUUUUAAAAGAAUGUAUAUAUCCAUAGGAACUUCUGGGGGCCGGGGGGACCUAAAGGCCACAAGCAGCAGAUAAGCCCUCCUUGUCUCUGGGUUAGGAGGUGGUGUGCUAGGAUCCAAGCUGCCUCCUCUGUCCAUCUCAGAGAAUUUGCUUCCAAAGGAGAGCUGUAUAAUUUGUAAAUGUGUAGAGCCUUCUGUUCUGGAUUCCCGCCAGAGAGCAUGCAAGUCUGUGAACCUUGCUCCUGGGGAAUGACUGUCAGGGUUGAUUAUCCCCCCUGCGAAAAUGCCAGCAAUAUUCACUUCAAUUCCAGCUGUGCUUCACUCCCCAAGGCCCUUUACUCUGGCCUUGUGGCGAUGUUGGAUAUUCAGAAGCACGACUUUUACCAUACUUGGCUGUCCAUGUUUUUCUUUCCCCCCGUCCCCUGCUCACUAGAUUGAAUUGUUCCAAGAGAGAAGCAGCAGCAGAGACUUUGUGAGGGGCUGGGCUGGGCUAAGUCUUAGGGGUAGAGGCAGUCAAAUCUUGGAAGCGGGAGAUGAUCUUAUCCCUCAUUCAGGUGACUUCUGGAAAUUGUUCCUCGGAGCUUGAGAUUCCACAUGAAGGAGCUGGUCACUUGGAGCUCCACCACUUUGUACCAAAUGGGGUGGGGCUUGUGCAAUGCCAAUCUGCUCCUCUGGGAAGGGUGGGAUUUGCUCACUGAUCAGCUAAAGAAUUACGCUGGUAUUGAGCACCGAUGCCAUUUCUACUGAGACUUUUCCACGCCUGGAGGAGAAGGAGCCACUGGUGGUCACGCAAAGAGCAGAGAGGCUCUGCUCUUCCUCUCAUCAGCCUUUCAGGGGAGAGAAACAUUUGUAGAAGAUAUGAUUUUUUGUUUUUGUUACAUUCAUAUUGUGUGUGUCUGUGUAGAGGGGAAAGGAAAUACCCCCUUCUUAACCUUUUUUGGUUUUUAAAGAUCUAAUUCCCAUUGUAAAAAUGAUUUUAAAGGAUGCCUGUUUCCACUUGGUGUCAGAGAGGGGAGAGCAGGCGAGAGGGCUCCGUCCAUGGGGCAGGCAGGAUAGUGGGGUUGCCCUAAACUGCAGAGUUCAAGAGCUCAGGUGCCUCCCACCCCAAGCAGCUGUCUUCCUCCCCUGUCCCCUCCUCUCUCCCUCCCCCCCCCGAGGUGUCAAUGGUGCUUUGUUUACAGUGAGAAUUCCGUAAACAGAUGAAACGUUUCUCAGGAUCGAGAAUAUGAACUUAUCUUUAUAUUAAAAGUUUUUAAAUAUUGUAUCUAGUAGGUGAAUGGGUUUAAAUAAGCUGGGGCUGAGGAAAGGAUCCCCCCCCUCCAUGCCAUGGUAUUCACUAGUUGCAGAUGUGUCGGGCGGUGGCAUCUCUGAACCUCCACCGGUGGGUUUGGGAGAGGUGCAUUAAGGAGAUGUCCUCAAACGUAGCCAAGUUCUUCAGUCAACGCUCUUUCCCCCACAAUCUGUGUUGGGGUGCAGUUCGGGCUCCUGAAGAGGCACCUUUCAGAUACCUGUAUCUCGCUCGGUUGUAAAAUAGUGGCAUUAAAAUAAAAGGAAAUGAAAUGCAAUGGAA